AUGGCUACCCUUAAGGUUUCAUCUCAUGUUCCUUCUCCCUCUGAAGAUGCUGAGCAACUGAAAAGCGCCUUUGACGGAUGGGGUACCAACGAGGACUUGAUCAUAUCAAUUUUGGCUCACAGAAGCGCUGAACAGAGGAAGCUGAUCAGGCAAACGUACCAUGAAGCCUGUGGAGAAGACCUUCUCAAGACUCUUGACAAGGAACUCACUAGCGACUUCGAGAGAGCCAUCUUGCUCUGGACUCUUGAACCUGGUGAGCGUGAUGCCUUGUUGGCCAAUGAAGCUACCAAAAGAUGGACUUCAAGCAACCAAGUGCUUAUGGAAGUAGCCUGCACAAGGACCUCAACGCAGCUGCUUCACGCUAGGCAAGCUUACCAUGCUCGUUACAAGAAGUCUAUUGAAGAGGAUGUGGCUCACCACACCACCGGUGACUUCAGAAAGCUUUUGGUCUCUCUUGUUAGCUCAUACAGGUAUGAAGGAGACGAGGUGAACAUGACAUUGGCAAAGCAAGAAGCUAAGCUGAUCCAUGAGAAAAUCAAGGACAAGCACUACAGCGAUGAGGAUGUCAUCAGGAUUUUGUCCACAAGGAGCAAAGCUCAGAUCAAUGCUACUUUCAAUCGCUACCAAGAUGAGCACGGCGAGGAAAUCCUCAAGAGUCUCGAGGAAGGAGACGAGGACGACAAAUUCCUCGGACUGUUGAGGUCAACCAUUCAGUGCUUGACAAGACCAGAGCUCUACUUUGUGGAUGUUCUUCGUUCUGCUAUCAACAAAACCGGAACAGACGAAGGAGCUCUCACUAGAAUUGUGACUACAAGAGCUGAGAUUGACUUGAAGGUCAUCGGAGAAGAGUAUCAGAGGAGGAACAGCAUUCCAUUGGAGAAAGCCAUUACCAAAGACACUCGCGGAGAUUACGAGAAGAUGCUCGUCGCACUUCUCGGUGAAGAUGAUGCUUAAA